AUGGCUCUAUUCUUUCCGGAUUUCGAGGCUCCUACGGUGAUUGUCAGAAGAAAGAAGCCAGUUCAUACUUCGAUAAGUGAACAUGAGCCAGAACUCUCCGAAGGUAGUAAAGCACAAGCAAUUCAACAGGUAAAGCGAACUAUUGCGGUGGUUGGAAAAUCCGCCUAUUUGGAAAAUCAGGAGCUAAUUCUGGAGAAGAUCCAAAGUUCCGGUUUUAAUGUAGCAGUGCAGAAGGAAUUCAGUUUGACUAGGCAACAAGCGCUGGAUAUUUUCAAUUCCCUAGAAAAUUCAGCCUCCUUUGAUAAAUUUAUAACGCAACUGUCUGAUUCUCCUCUGUUGGUGAUUGGCCUUGCCAAGGAAGGUAAAUGA